UUCUCGAAAACUGCUGCUCUUACUCCAAAGUAGAAAUGCACACUUGUUCAGUUUUCCCACACGCCAACUAGCCGACACACACACACACACACACACAUUCAUCUGAAUUUGGGUUUUCAAUUUGACGAUUUAUAUAUGUUCUUAAGGCAAAUUUGAGAGAGAAAUAUGAAAAUGAACUCAGUUUCUAAGUGGGUUUUGUUCAUCUUCUUGUCGGUGUCUGUUGGAUGUGGACUGGUACAAUGUCGUGUGACAUAUGAUAGAAAGGCUAUAGUUAUCAAUGGGCAAAGAAGAAUUCUCAUUUCUGGUUCCAUACAUUACCCAAGAAGCACUCCUGAGAUGUGGGAAGAUCUGAUAAACAAGGCCAAAGAAGGAGGCGUAGAUGUGAUUGAAACUUAUGUAUUUUGGAAUGUUCAUGAGCCUUCUCCUGGCAAUUACAAUUUUGAAGGGAAAUAUGAUAUUGUGAGAUUCAUAAAGACCAUCCAGAAAGCAGGUCUAUAUGCUCAUCUUCGAAUUGGGCCUUAUGUUUGUGCAGAGUGGAAUUUUGGAGGAUUUCCAGUUUGGCUGAAAUAUGUACCAGGAAUUAGCUUCAGGACAGACAAUGAGCCUUUCAAGAUCGCUAUGAAAGGGUUCACUGAGAAAAUUGUUAGUCUGAUGAAGAGCAAACAUCUAUUUGAGUCUCAGGGUGGCCCCAUUAUACUCUCCCAGAUCGAGAAUGAGUAUGGGUCACAAGCCAAGGCUCUUGGUGCUCCUGGCCAUCAGUACGUAACUUGGGCUGCAAACAUGGCAGUUGGAUUGGAUACUGGGGUGCCAUGGGUGAUGUGCAAGGAAGAUGAUGCCCCAGAUCCCGUGAUUAACACAUGCAAUGGCUUCUAUUGUGACUCGUUCUCCCCCAACAAACCAUAUAAACCAAUAAUUUGGACUGAGGCUUGGAGUGGUUGGUUCACAGAGUUUGGUGGUCCAAUUCACCAGAGGCCAGUUCAGGAUUUAGCAUUUGCUGUGGCCAGAUUCAUACAAAAGGGAGGCUCAUUUGUAAAUUACUACAUGUAUCAUGGAGGCACCAAUUUUGGUCGCUCUGCUGGAGGCCCUUUCAUUACUACAAGCUAUGAUUAUGAUGCCCCACUUGAUGAAUAUGGUUUGGUCCGGCAACCAAAAUAUGGGCACUUGAAAGAGCUCCACAGAUCUAUUAAACUAUGUGAGAAAGCUCUAGUUUCAGCUGAUCCUACUGUGACUUCUUUAGGAAGCCUUCAACAGGCUCAUGUAUACUCUUCAGAAUCAGGAGGUUGUGCAGCAUUUCUUGCAAAUUAUGAUACAAAAUCUGCAGUGAGAGUGUUGUUCAAUAACAUGCACUACAAUCUUCCUCCUUGGUCAAUCAGCAUCCUUCCAGACUGCAGGAACGUAGUCUUCAAUACAGCCAAAGUUGGAGUUCAAACAUCACAAAUGGAAAUGCUACCAAGUAAUGCCAAGAUGUUCUCAUGGGAAACAUUUAACGAAGAUUUGUCGUCUUCUGAUGACAGCUCAUCAUUCUCUGUUCACGGCCUCUUGGAGCAGAUAAAUGUCACGAGAGAUACUAGUGAUUAUCUAUGGUACACAACUAGUGUUGAUAUUGGUUCAUCCGAGUCCUUCCUGCAUGGAGGGGAUCAUCCAACAAUUAUUGUUCAAUCAACAGGACAUGCUCUGCAUGUGUUUGUCAAUGGACAACUUUCAGGUUCUGCUUAUGGGACCAGGCAAAGCAGGAGGUUUGCAUUUAAAGGGAAGGUCGACCUACGUGCUGGAUCAAAUAAAAUUGCAUUACUCAGUGUUGCUGUUGGACUGCCAAAUGUUGGAGGGCAUUACGAGCAAUGGAACACUGGCGUAUUGGGUCCAGUUGCGCUGCAUGGACUUGACCAGGGAAAAUGGGACCUGUCCUGGGCAAAAUGGAACUACCAGGUUGGUCUUAAGGGAGAGGCCAUGAACCUCAACUCUCCAAAUGGUAUUUCUGCAGUUGACUGGAUGCAGGGUUCACUGAUUGCACAGAANUGCACAGUAGCCAUAUCAAAUAGUAACUUUGGGCAAGAUCCAUGCCCCAACGUGUUAAAACGGUUAUCAGUAGAAGCAAUAUGCGCUCCUUUGACUUAA